AUGUUGCACACAAACUCCGACUGGACAUUCACCACGGGUCCACGAGCGGAGGACCUGGGUGCCCAGCUCCAAGCCGACUUGGAAACCAACUCCAAAACAGAGUCAAGCUGGCUCCAAACCAAUCGGAAACAUCUCCAGACAUGGACUGACGUGGCAGUUUGCAGCUCGCUUGGGAAACCAGCUGCGAGCCGGCUGCUGAUUGUGCCUCAGCCAGCUGCUGUCAAAAAUCUGCAAAUUCCAAACGGUUUUAAACCGGAAGCCGGUGACCCGGAGCUCGGGUCCGGGCAUGAGGUCAAGCCGAACCCAAUCUGUGGAUACCCCGAGGAACUAUCUGAUCUCCAAGAUGGAGGCUGCCCCGUAGGAUGUUCACUAAUCCAGGCUGACGAUCUCGUCGAAUGGAAAAUCAAAAUAACUGGUCCGGCAGAAACUGUAUUCGAACAUGAGACUUUCGUGCUGCGUUUUAGAUUCUCUCCCCAAUAUCCUAUCGAAGCACCCGAGGUCGUCUUCGUCGUUAGUCCAUCAAUUGGAACCAAUCACUCUGAGAAUCAGCCUGAAGAGGAGAGGUGGAUAGCGCCAGAACAUCCGCAUAUCUAUGUUUGUACGAUUCGAUUCACUUUAUCUGGUUGA